AUGCGUCUCAUCGAUACCCAGACUCACCUCCUGCUCGAGCCUUGGAAGGCCGCCGGCAAAGAGUACGCCAUUCUCUCGCACACUUGGGGCGACCAAGAGGUUAUCUUUCAGGAGUGGGAGCAGCUCUACCCUUCGGGUGCCAUUAAGGGCCAGUGUCCUCACGUCCGUCAUCGUGGUAUCGACCAGAAGGCCGGCUACCACAAGGUUAUGCAGGCUUGUGAGCAGGCCCGCCGCGACGGUAUUCGUUAUCUUUGGUGUGAUACCAUGUGUAUCAACAAGGAAAGCUCGGCUGAGUUGAGCGAGGCCAUUAAUUCCAUGUUUAAAUGGUAUCGUGACGCCAAGGUCUGCUACGUCUACCUCGCAGAUGUGACCUUUCCAAACAAGAAGACACGGAACGGUGUAGGUCUCACCCACUCCAACGUCCCUGGCUGGUUUCCGUAUGCCAUGGAGCGCAAGAGAGACGAAGAUGUUCGUGAAAUGAAGUCCCGAUUCAUGGCUAGUCGAUGGUGGACUCGUGGCUGGACUCUUCAAGAGCUCCUUGCACCGGAGGACGUUGUCUUCUUCACUCAGGAUUGGACUCCCCUUGGCCACAAGAUUGGCAUCGCUCAUUGGAUCUCUGCUUGGACCCGCAUUCACAAGGAAGCACUGGAGGAUCACUCAACCAUCAGCAACUUUUCGAUUGCUCAACGGAUGUCUUGGGCAGCAGACCGCACAACCACUGUUCCAGAGGACCUGGCAUAUUGUCUUCUGGGAAUAUUCAGUAUCAACAUGCCAAUGCUUUACGGUCAGGGGGAUAAUGCAUUCCAAAAGCUUCAACAUGAGAUAAUCAAAGCCUCUGCCGAUCAAAGUAUCUUUGCCUGGACUGCAAGUCCUGGUGACCCCACAGCAGGAACCGGAGCUCUAGCAAAGUCCCCAGCCUUCUUCAAGCACUGUGGCUCCAUUGUGCGCAGUUUCGACUCUCCACAGGAGCCGUAUUCUCUCACCAACGUCGGGUUCAAGAUGCGAGUUGCGAUGAUUAACAAUUCCUUCGCGACACAGUCUUUCAUCGGGCUGAGUUGCUUCCUAGAGCUACAUGGAGAGUCAACUCGACAAGAAUCAGUCACCGGGACAGUCGAAAAGAACCGGAGAAGAGUUCAAAUCUGGAUUCCGGUCCGUAAAAGAGGCUAUGGAAGCUCUUAUGAGCGGAUUCAUUUUCCAACUUCACAUGUAUAUUUCCAGAACUCUUACCCUAUAAACAAGGUCUCAGGAGGCCCCGAAAUUCUCCUCUGUGAGUCUCCCUUCCGCGCGUCUCUGACCCAACCCUUUGGCGGCCCAAGCCCAAAGGAGUUAUACCAGACAGGAAUCGCCGUGGCAGUCGGUUUUGGCAACAUGAGCAAGAUCAGCAGGGCUUACAAGAACUUGUGGCAACCAAGAAAGUUCCAAACGAUCCCCAUUGGUACUCGUGGGGCGCGCCGGUGGUCGCACGAAGUGGUUGUUAGCGGAAGCUUUUGUAUUAUCCUUUCCGUAACUUGGAACGAAUUCCAAAAGCCAAAGAUGCACAUAUACACGACACUACGCGAUGCCGACAUACAAGCCGUCUUAUCAUGGCUCCAUCAGCUGGACCAAACGAAACAGUCCGGGGAACACUUCGAUGAUGCUGAAAUGCUGCACAAGGCGAUAAGAUCUACGAAUCAUAGUUCUGUCGUCGCCGUGGAAACCAAUCAAUCUCCUAUGAUUAUUGUGGAGGAUGAGCCCCUCUACGAUAUGCAUCAGUCAGCGUUUGUUAUGGUGGAUAUUAUUUUCAAAGAAGACCGUAUUCUAGCGGGUGAGCGGGAGCAGGCCGGUCAAGAUAUCGUUUUCUAG